UCAGCCUCUCACGAUUGCAGCCCCCGUUCCCUGGCGCUUUGGCGAAAUGCAAUACCAGGCUGAGCCUUAAAAAAGAACAUGUCUUUGCGCAAGCGGAGUACAUAUUGACGGGAGGGCGCCGCUUUAUACGACGACCACUGUGUGUCUCCAAUUCUCUCCCAUUUCUUGACCCUCCGCCUUGGGGACUCUGGUCUACGCAGAGGAGACUCGCACAAUGGGUUUCUCAUUUCACGGCAAGAAGCGGGAAGUUGACUCUGAAAAGCACCUCAGAAGACUCCAUAAGACUGUUCCGUUUAUUGAGUCUCCUCUCACCGGCGCCGACCAUGAGCACCUAGUUUUCUCACAGCGCCAUGAGGCGAACACGGUGGAGCUGUUUUUUGACUUGUUUUUUGUGGCCAAUCUCGCGACAUUUACCGCCUAUCACUCCAUCACCGACACGUCUUACCUAUUAGCAUACGUCGGUUUCUUUGGCAUCCUAUGGUCUUCCUGGUUCCAAGUCACUUUACACGAUGUUCGCUUCGCCCGGGACUCCAUAUAUGAGCGAGUGUGCAAGACUAUCCAAUUCAUUGUGUUUGUAGGCCUCGCCCUAGUCGGAUCUGCCUUCAAACCAGGGUCGAAGGAUCCUGAACCAGGAGACAAUACCAACUUCCGCAUCCUCUGCUACACCCUAGUCCUCAGUAGGGGAAUGUUGGCUGUGCAGUAUGUCGUCGUACUAUACUACUGUAUUAAAGCCAAGGCCAACAAGUUGAACCUUCCGAUUGGCUUGAUUAUUGUCAUUUACGUGGCUGCCGCCGCCGUCUUUGCAGCGAUGACGCCCGCUUUCCGAGAGAAAGAGCAGUCUCACCGCCACAUAUACCUCGUGUGGUACGCUGUGAUGCUUCUCGAGGCUAUUGGUGUGAUUGCUAUCUCCUGCUGCUGGAGGAUGUUGAGCUUCAAGAAGACGCACUUGAUGGAACGUAUGAGUCUUCUAACACUCAUUGUUAUUGGCGAGGGCGCCAUCGGAGUCACGAAGACCGUGUCUAGAUUGAUGGGGAAGAGCGGCUUAGAUGUAGAAGGCUGCUUCUUAAUCAUGUGCAUCAUUAUGGUCCUGGUCCUGCUCUGGGCAUUGUAUUUCGACAACUUUCCUCACGGCCAUUACGGAACAAUUCGACAACAGAUUUGGUCCAUUCUUCACUUCCCGUUCCAGCUAGGCAUCGUUGGUGUCGUCGAAGGAUCUCAACAGGUGGCCACAGCUCGAUAUGUUUUGAAGACUUAUCAGAAGACCACCAAACAGGUCGUGCAGUAUUGUGUAAAAGAGAAUCUGGACGGAGCCAAGCUACGAGACACUUUACAGAAGAUGGUCGACUACUUCCAGUUCGACAAGAAACUCGAGACGUACGGUUUCCAAAACGUCACAACCAACGAUGUUUGGCUGAUCGGCAACACUACCGGAAUUUGUUCUCCUGAAAACUCCAGCACUUACGAAAAUGAAGAAUGGCCUAAGGAAUUUGUGGAGUUGGUCUAUAACAUUUUCUCUGGCGUCUUUAAUGGCCUUGGUAUGAAGAUUCCCGUUGCCAAACUGGAGGAGAAAACUUCCAUUGACAUCGCUGAGAAGAGCUGGAAAAUCGUCUAUCUCUACUACUGGAUUUCCUUCUGCACCGUGAUGGCCUGUUCGAUUGCCUUCCUCUUUCUCAUCCGGAGACAUAAGGCCGAUUUAUUUGACUUCGUGUCGGUCAUCGUUCGCAUGAUCGCUCUCGCCAUCGGUGGUAUCCUUAUCGCACUGAUCGCCAAUACGAAAGCCCUUUACAACUUCAUCGCAUCCCCAGCCGUACUACCCACCUGCCUCUCGCUUCUGUUCUUAGUUCUCCUUUUCGACAGAGUCAGUGGUGCAAUCGCCAAUUGGCAGCUGAAAAAGAGCGGACAGCCUUACGCCAAGGAGGUCGACGACGAGCACCAUCACGGUGGCCAUGACAAGGGCCAUGGUUAUAUCGAGGAAAUCCACGAUUCCAACCAUGACAGUUACGCCUCAGACCGCAAGUCAGCUGCGCUGAGUUCGCACCCAUCCGAAUCUUCUCCCCUAACGUCCAACACGGCCUAUCAUGGGGAUCAAGGCUAUGCAAUGACCCCUUUGAUGAGCCCGCCAUUACACAGUCCUCCAGUAACCACUGGGUAUGCUCCUGGAGGCUACAUGCCGGUUACAACUUCUUCUCAACACUAUGGUGCAUAAUAGACGCAAUGAAAAGGCGCGGAAUGAGCUGGAUAUACGUAUUUUAUACCUCAAUCGAGGCUUUAGCACGGAGUUAAUGGUGAGGCUUUGGAGCAUAGUUUGUACGAAGGCAUAGAUCACGUCCAAUUAGGUAGUUCUCAAAUUCCUUAAGCAUUCAC